UGAGGUGCUGAUGUCAUGUGGUAUCAGGUAACCUUGUAUCGAGGAGGGUUGGUGACUUCUGCAUUAUCAUUUAUAGCAGCCGCUUCAACUGCCUUUCUCCCAGACAAUUCUAUUGCAAAGGCCCUCUUGCAACAGAAUCUUGAUACAUUGUAUGCGCUAGGAGCUGGAAGCCUAGGUUUAUCGUUAGUUUUGAUUCACAUUUAUGUUACUCCAAUUAAGCGAACCCUUCAGAUAUUGUGGGCAUUGGGUUUGCUUGGAUCUCUGGCUACAUCUCUUAACCUUGCUCAGCCAGCAGGUGAAGGGUUGGUGGAAUAUGUUAUAGACAACCCUGUUGCAGUGUGGUUUGUUGGGCCCCUCUUUGCAUCCUUGACUGGCCUUGUCUUCAAAGAAGGUUUGUGCUAUGGAAAGUUGGAAGCUGCUGCUUUGACAUUCGUUAUCCCCACAUUACUGCUUGGUCAUCUGACAGGACUUAUGGACGAUAAUACAAAGUUAGGGCUGCUUGGAGUAUGGAUGGCACUUUUUGUGGUAUUUGCAUCUAGAAAGUUCACACAGCCGAUCAAGGAUGAUAUAGGUGAUAAGUCAGUUUUCAUGUUCAAUGCGAAGUCAGAGGAGGAGAAAGCAGUUAUCCUACGUCAACGGGAGGAAUAGAUUGCCCAAAGUGCUACAAAAGAUUUGUAAGAAUAUGAAUGCGGAUAGGGACCUUAUUGGAAAAUAACUGUUUUGCACUGUGGGAGUUCCUCACAUUGUGUGCUUUCCAAAAGUAAAGGCAAAUGUAAUAUUUUAGGUUUGGCCUAGCUACUAUGGCAAGGUGUUGUAUGUGAGCCCUUUAUAGGAGCAAGGAGCCUUUUCACUCUACCUUAUAUGUGUAAUAUUGUAAAAAAAAUUCACAUAAGUUCUAACAAAGUUUAAUACAA